UUCGGUUCUAAUGCCAGGCAGACCUGUUUGGCAUAAUCACAAUCUCAUUGAAAAUAUGGUCAUUGUUCAGAAGGUUCUGCCACCAAUCCACCAUUGGUCAUGAACGAUGCUAUUCCACAGUUUCCACCGCUUUUGCUUACUUGAAAUCUUCUGAAACUUCGUAACCAAGUAAACAAUUAGAGAGGGAAAAAUCGAUAAUGAAAUAAAAAAUCAACAAGAAUUGCCUUAUGCUAGGAACUGAUCCUUUGACUAACAAUGCUUGUAGAGUUACACUUGCGGAUUUGGGUAGUGCACAACAUCCUCUGAACCCUUUUGAUCUUCAGCUCUGCUUUUAACUCAAAGUGGAUCAACUUUUGUGACAAAUAAUAGCAUAGAAAAUCUUAGAAGCUGGAAACAUGGAAGAGAAAAACAGCCUGAAUGGUAAUAUAAACUCCAACCAGGCCACUGCAUCAACGAGCCAUUCACCUGUAACAGAGACAGAUGAAAAAACAGGCCAAGGAAAGACCAAUAGCCACCAUGAUUUGGAAAAGAGCAAAGGAAGAGAUGAGGCCACUAACACCGUUCCCUAUUACAAGCUCUUCUCUUUUGCAGACUCCAAGGAUGUUGUAUUGAUGAUCAUUGGUAGCAUUGGAGCUAUUGGAAAUGGGGCCUCCUUGCCUCUUAUGGCUGCGCUUUUAGGGGAAAUGGUUGAUUCUUUUGGAGAAAAUACAAACAAUCAUAUAGUCGAUGUAGUUUCCAAGGUAUCAUUGAAAUUUGUUUAUUUGGCAGUGGGGAGUGGUGUUGCAUCAUUCUUACAGGUGGCUUGUUGGAUGGUCACAGGGGAGAGAGUUGCAUCAUUUACUGGAGAGAAGCAAGCUAUAAUGAAGUACAACAAGUCUUUAUUGAGUGCUUACAACUCUGGCAUUCAUGAAAGUUUAGCUGCUGGGAUAGGUUUUGGUGUGUUUAUGUUUAUAAUGUUCUGCAGUUAUGCUCUUGCUAUAUGGUAUGGGGGAAAGCUGAUACUUGACAAAGGAUAUACAGGUGGUGAUGUCAUUAUAGUAAUUUUUGCUGUUUUGGCUGGUGCAAUGACUCUAGGUCAGACAUCUCCAUGCCUGGCUGCAUUUGCUGCUGGACAAGCUGCUGCAUUUAAGAUGUUUGAGACAAUUAAUAGAAAGCCAGACAUAGAUGCUUUUGAUGGUAAUGGGCAUACAUUAGACGAUAUUCGUGGAGACAUUGAGUUAAGGAAUGUUUUCUUCAGUUAUCCAGCUAGACCAGAUGAACAAAUAUUCAAUGGAUUCUCUCUUUCAAUCCCUAGUGGCACAACUGCAGCUUUGGUUGGACAGAGUGGAAGUGGAAAGUCCACAGUGAUCAGUUUGAUUGAGAGAUUUUAUGAUCCACAGGUUGGUGAAGUUCUUAUUGAUGGUAUAAAUCUGAAGGAGUUUCAGUUGAGAUGGAUCAGAAAGAAAAUCGGACUUGUUAGCCAGGAACCGGUGCUGUUUGCCUCUAGCAUUAAAGACAAUAUUGCCUAUGGGAAAGAUGAUGCGACUAUGGAAGAAAUCAAAUCCGCAGCUGAGCUUGCUAAUGCUGCAAAAUUCAUAGAUAAACUGCCUCAGGGWCUAGACACCUUGGUUGGUGAGCAUGGAACUCAGCUGUCUGGGGGGCAGAAACAAAGAGUUGCUAUAGCUAGAGCAAUCUUAAAAGACCCACGGAUUUUACUUCUAGAUGAAGCUACAAGUGCACUUGAUGCAGAAUCUGAGCGGAUUGUGCAAGGGGCACUCGACAGGGUGAUGGUCAAUCGGACUACUGUCAUUGUUGCCCAUCGCUUGAGUACAGUGAGGAAUGCUGAUAUGAUAGCUGUUAUUCAUCAAGGAAAAAUCAUUGAAAAAGGCUCACACUCAGAGCUACUCAAGGAUCAUGAUGGGGCGUACUACCAACUUAUACGCUUGCAAGAAAUGAACAAAGAGUCAGAACAGCAAACCAUAAAUGACCAGGGAAAGCCAGACUUAACCACGGAUUUUGGCAGGCACUCAACCCAAARCAUGUCCUUUCUACGUUCUUCAAGUCAUGGAUCAUCUGGGGCUGGAAACAGUAGCCACCAUUCAUUCACAGUCUCAUUUAGGAGACCUACCGGACUCAACAUCCCAGAAAACACAACAGGAGAACCUGAAAGCCUGCCUGAAGCAUCAUCACAACAGCCUCAAGAAGUCCCACUCCGCCGACUUGCCUAUCUCAACAAGCCAGAGAUCCCAGUGAUGCUACUUGGUGUUAUAUCUGCUAUGAUGUAUGAGGAAGCAAGUCAAGUGGCUAAUGAUGCAGUUGGAAGCAUAAGAACAGUUGCUUCUUUCUGUGCGGAAGAGAAGGUGAUGCAGCUAUACAAAAAGAAAUGUGAAGGCCCUUUGAGGACAGGGAUGCGCCAAGGACUAAUUAAUGGAGUUGGUUUUGGGUUAUCUAUUUUCUUGCUAUAUUGUGUUUAUGCGACCAGUUUCUAUGCUGGAGCUCGUCUUGUUGAGGAUGGAAAGAUAACAUUCUCCAAGGUUUUCCGUAAGUUUCAGUUGAAGUGGCUGAGGCAGCAGAUGGGCUUAGUUAGCCAAGAACCUGUAUUGUUCAAUGACACAAUCCAUGCUAACAUUGGCUAUGGAAAGGAAGGAAAUGCAUCAGAAGCAGAGAUUUUAGCUGCAGCAGAGUUGGCAAAUGCCCACAGGUUCAUUUGUGCAUUGCAACAGGUUGGAGCACUAUAA